UACAAAAAAUAAAAAAUGUUACAAAAUAAGUCAAAUAAUUUUGAGAGAUCUAACUCUUGAACAACCAUAAUAAGGUGGAGUACGAUUUUGUGCACUCCUCAUUCUCACAUUACCUCUCACCUUUGACUUCCCAUCAAUGGCGGAUUAUCCCACCAUUUCCACUUCCUAACACCAAAAUACACCAUUUUUUUUUCCAUCUCCUUGAUUCCAAUCAUUCCAUGAAACCCACAAAAUUUUCCCUCUUCUUCUUCCUUCUUCUACUCUCCCUCCUCCUCUAUCAAUCACCACCACCCUUCACCACCGCCGCCAUUGAUGAACCUUCUUCAAUCUCAUUCCUAAUUACAAACAAAGGCUUAACCUUUCUCAAGGAUUUGCUCAUUUCCAAAGCAAUUUCCACUCUUAUUCCCCUCCAAAUCCCUCAUAUUGAUCAAACCCUUCAGAUUCCCUUUCUGGGUAAUGUUUUUGUCAAAUUAUCCAAUCUUUCCCUUCAUCAAAUUGCUGUUUCUGAUUCUUAUAUCACACCAGGAGAAUCUGGGGUCUCGUUUAUUGUCUCGGGUGCUACUGCUAAUAUGAGUUUGGAUUGGUAUUACUCUUAUUAUGUUGGUCGGUUUUUUCCCUUGCAGAUUUCUGAUCAUGGGCUUGCUUCUAUACAGGUUGAAGGGUUGCAAGUGGGUCUCACGCUAUAUUUGGAAAUAAAAGAUGGAAGAUUGAUGCCGACUCUUGUCGAAUGUGGUUGCUUUGUUGAAGAUCUCUCAAUCAAAUUGGAAGGAGGAGCAUCUUGGCUUUAUCAAGGGAUUGUAGAUAUCUUUGCUGGACAAAUUGAGUCUGCAGUGGAGGAAGCUAUCACGAAAAAUCUUAAAGAAGCAAUUUUAAAGCUUGAUACGUCUCUUGAGAGCUUACCCAAGCAAAUACCGGUUGAUGAUAUUGCAUCCUUAAACGUCACCUUUGUAAAUGACAUCGUCCUGAGUAAUUCAUCAAUUGGGUUCGAGAUUAAUGGUCUAUUCACUCGAAACGAUCAAACAUCGAACUAUAAAUUUUUGAUGGACCCUUUAUUCAAUAAUAAAAUUUUGUCCACUCAAAGAGAUCAGAAGAGGACGAUGAAGUUCUUCGAGGAGCAUUUGCUGGUUCCAUCGGGUCAGGGUACAUCAAAAAUGAUGGGAAUUUCAAUCGAUGAAGCUGUUUUUCACUCAGCAUCCACCUUGUACUAUGAGGCAGAUUACUUGCAAUGGAUUGUGGAUCAGAUACCAGAUCAGGCUCUCCUAAACACUGCUGGUUGGAGAUUUAUCAUUCCUCAGCUAUAUAAGAAAUACCCGAAUGAUGAUAUGAAUUUGAACGUAUCUCUAGCUUCUCCUCCGGUCAUUAGGAUUUCUCAAAAAAUCAUUGAUGUAUCUGCCAAUGUAGACUUGAUAAUUGACGUCUUAGACGGUGGGCAAGUAAUACCUGUUGCUUGCAUUUUCCUGGAAAUUCAAGCCUCUGGUUCCGUGGAAUUAAGAGGUAAUAACCUUGGUGGCAAGGUAAAAUUGGGUGAUUUCAAAAUGACGUUAAAAUGGAGCAAGAUAGGUAACUUGAAGAUGUUCUUGAUCCAGCCUGUUAUAUGGACAGUGGUCGAAACGGUUUUUGUGCCGUAUGUCAAUGCACGACUUUGGAGAGGGUUCAGAUUACCUAUGAUCCACGGUUUCACCCUUCAAAACGCUAAAACAAGCUACUUAGAUUCCGGCAUCAUAGUUUGCAGCGAUGUAUCAUAUUCGGAUUCAGAUUACCACGCCCAAGGCUUGACACAUAUAUCAUAACCACUUCCGUUCUUGCUGCAGUUUCACGGGGCAAGACUCCCGUGCAGUUAGAUACUUUAUAAAUCAUACGCCAGCCAGCAUUCGGGAGCAUCAAUGACCGAUUAAUCUAAUAGUGAUUGCUUAAAAAGUAGAGGCAGCUUUCGCACUUUGUACAUUUGUAUAUUUGGGUAUGACUGAAUUCCACAAGUGUAAUUACUAUGUGUAAUGUGUAAAUCAAUCAUAUUUCCGUCGUUGUUCUCAAA